AUGUCCGUCCCACUAUACAACGAUCACUUGCCUACAACAUUCAUUCGCCAGCGAAACAUUCUCAUUUCAAAGCUACGCAGCCUGGCCCAGGAUCUCAUCGAUCCAACCGAACUCACCGAAAUUCAAAUCUCCACCCACAUAAGCGGUAUAGCAGACGCAUUGAAAGAUCUCGAAGCUACCGCCAACACGAUGAUGACAAAUUCCUCGGACCAGGAACUAUCUAGUGUCGCACGUCUUUCGUACUUCUACGCCAGACGUCACCGUCGUGGCACAGAGACAUUGACUCCGUUUGUGUGGGCCGGUAGGUAUACAAACAACUCCUUGUUCACGCUACUAAACAGAUUCAAUGCAGGUCUGCCGAUUCACACCAUGGCGCUGAGUUUUGAGGAGCAAGCCGAUCUCUGGCAUAUGGGGAGAUCUUUCCCCGAUACUCUUCCUGAGCAUAACUCUUCGCUCAGUACCGAUAUUGGUAGUCUUCAUCGCAACCUUGGUCUUGGAUCUAGGUAG